UACAGUGCUUUUUAACAUACACGAGUGGAUUAUGAAUGGCUCUAUCAGACAUAAGAGGGUCCCCUCCCUCCUUUUUCUUUUUCAAAAGUGACUUUGUCAUGGUGGCCUCUCAAGAAAACCUGUAAUUGGUCAGCCUGGGGUGCAUUUGAUGUCCUCCCAGAUAACGUCAUUAGCUAUUCUCAGGAGAGGAAAGGCAGGGUAUGCCCCCUGGGACAAUGACAACACUUGUUUCAAGUUGGGGAAGAGCCUGUGGUUCUUUUCCUGCGUUUGGGGGAAAGCGAACACACAAUGUUCAUUUCCUAAAUACGGGAUGUGCUGCGAGGCUGGUGGUCAUUUUCCACCAUGUCACAUCCUUCUGGAUGAAGGCAGCAGGGGCCAGGACAGGAAAUGGCAAAUUCUCAAAAUGAGACAAGGUUUUCCCAGGGCAGUCAUUGGUUCUCUGGAACUAUAAAGCGUGCUCAUCCAGAAACAGCCUCAGAUUUUUCUUUCCUGGAGACAGCCAGAAGUGAAUGAUAAUGUAUUAAGUCCAUCCUCGGCGUUCCCUGGGAGAAAAGUGGACAGUAGCAACAUUCCUAUUGAUCUACGCGGAUUUAAGUUCCUGAGGAUUUAGGGGACUUGUCCUAGAUGACAGAACGGGUCUUUGAGAACUUGGAACAUGACUCCCUGGAAAAUGACCCAUUUCUCUUUGCGUAGCUGUUGUGCUUGCCUUCGGGCUAACCACGUGUCGUGUCCCCGCAGGGCAUGGAGGGGCCAGUGGCCCGAGAGCUGCAGGGCGCGGAUGCGCUGCGCCGAUUCCAGGGGCUGCUGCUGGACCGCCGCGGCCGGCUGCAUGGCCAGCUGCUGAGCCUGCGCGAAGUGGCCCGGCGUCUCGAGCGCCUCCGUCGGCGCUCCCUGGCAGCCAACGUGACUGGCAGCGCACUGAGCGCGGCGGGCGCGGUGGCCGCCAUCGUGGGGCUCUCGCUCAGCCCGGUGACCCUGGGGGUCUCGUUGCUGGCGUCGGCCGUGGGACUGGGAGUGGCCACCGCCGGAGGGGUAGUCACCAUCACGUCCGAUCUGUCCCUGAUUUUCUACAACUCCCGGGAGCUGCGGCGGGUGCAGGAGAUCGCGGCCACCUGUCAGGACCAGAUGCGCGAGCUUUUGAGCUGCCUGGACUUCUUUUGCCGCGGGCAGGACCGCCGGGAUCGCCAGCUGCUGCAGUGCGGGAGGAACGCCUCCAUAGCGCUGUACAACUCUGUCUAUUUCAUCAUCUUCUUCGGCUCCCGAGGCUUCCUCAUCCCCAGGAGGGCCGAAGGGGCCACCAAGGUUAGCCAGGCCGUGCUGAAGGCCAAGAUUCAGAAACUGGCCGAGAGCCUGGAGUCCUGCACCGGGGCUCUAGAUGAGCUCAGCGAGCAGCUGGAGUCCAGAGCCCAGCUCUGCACGAAGAGCAGCCGUGGCCACGACCUCAAGAUCUCUGCUGACCAGCCCGCAGGACUGUUUCUCUGAGAACGUCUUUUCCCCUUAAUGGCCGAGGCCAGAAACCAUCCCCAUGGGAUGCUCCAGAUUUGUAGCUCCCUCAGGAAAACACCAAGUUGGUUUAGGAGCUGAAUGCAGUGCAUGAGAAAAACUGUUCUUGAAGGGGAGGUGGGGUGGGGGUGGGGGGAGUUGGUAGCAAUGUGUCCUCCCAGUCCUUCCUUUCCCACUAGUGUGACAUCCUGCCUGGGACUGAGUGCUUGGGACUUUUUACUUGCCUGAUCCUGGAGGGAUAUGUGACCUGAAGAGUACUUUUAUCAAAACUGUUGGGUCUUCGCACUGCAGGUCACUUCCGAUUUUAGGUAUUUGCAGCAUCCUUGCCUCUACCCCUGUUCCUGUGGUUGGAACUCAGACUGGAGAGGGUGGAGACCUGGCCACCCUCUGGGUCUCCUCUGAGCCCCAUUAGGCUUUGAGGUCCUCAGAAUGCCUGUAAGAGGAGAGAGAAGCUUUAAUACCUCUCUGCCAGAAUCCAGAGCAAAUCAGACCCCCUCUGAACUGUGGAGGGUUCAGGACCCAAGAGAGGCCCCUCCUGCUGACAUGCACCCUCUUCCCUCUUAGUGUGCCCACUCACGAUCCAGCCUGGGGAUAGAGGGGACCUUCCCAGAUGGCUUCAUAUCAGACAACCUUCUACUCUAAGAGGAGAAAACCAACAAAACGGUCAUCUAAGUCCCACCCCUUUGCAGGAAGAAACAGAGGCCAAGGAAUAGGAAGUGACUAACAGCUUCAUUGACUGAUCUCAUAGUAUAGAGAAAGGGGCUUUGGUUUGUGAAUUAGGCCUGCAUUUAUUCUGAGACUUGGCUUUCUGGUCCAUCAAACAGAUGCUAAAACCUCACCCUAUUGGCAGGUGUUGAGAUAAAGUGCCAAGCACAGUGUCUGGGUCACAAAGUAUGGCCCCUGGCUGGGCAACAGUAGCAUCACUUGGGAGAUUGUUAGAAAGGCAAAUUAUUGGACUCAACUCUAGACUUAAUGAGACAGAAAUUCUGGAGGUGAGGCCAAAACUUGUGUUUAAUGCCUCGAGGUGAUUUGACAGCUGCAAAGUUUUGAAGACUGCUGCCCACAGAUGUUAGCUUCUGAUCCCCUGAUGAGCUUUCACGAAGUCUGUAGCCUCUCUAGGGGGUCGGUGGUCUUCAGAGUCAUUCACAGAAGGUCAAGGACAGACUGGGUCCUGGAAGUAAAAGAAAGAAUGUUCAUGCUGGCAGCUAUGUCAAUGCACCCUGGGGCAAUUUCCCACCGGGUGAACUGAGGGAUGUAACAUAAUCAGCCCUUUAGAGGGCAGUGUUGCCCACUCAUUGUAGAAACUGGUACAGAAAGGAAUGUGAAUGGAAAUUGACCUUUAUAUUAUCCUCUCAAGAAAAUUCCUGACCAUUUUUUUUCUUUUUAAUUUAUUUUAAGUUGGUUAUUUAAUAAUUCCUGUUUAUUAUUUGCAUUUAAUUUUAUUUAACCACAGUAUUAGAAAAUAAUAGGAAUGGCAAGUUUCUGAAUGGGAGACUACUGAAUUUCUUUUUAGGAGAUAAAGUUGAGUUUGCCUUUCUGAGAUGGAGCACGAGGGGAAGAUGGAAUUGCUUUCUUUGAGUAAGUCUCUUUCUUUCAGAGAGGAAUUCCACCCCUCUUCUCCCUGCCCUUGUGUUUUCAAUAAUCCUUUUAAGUAAAGGUGGGAAGUUCUGGAUAGGGAGACCAGGAGCUGAAUUUAGGCUUGUAAAUGACUGUUUGUGACUAUUGAAAUGAUGCAAGCAUAUUUAUCCUGAAGGUACUUUUCCAGCAGAUAACACUUGCCCUGAAAAGCCUUUCCUAUUUAGUUCAGGGGAAAGAAACCCAAUUAGAGGAAUAUGAAGGAAGCACAUAGACUUUGGAAGCCUGAUAUCCCGUGAAGUUGGGUCUUAUGGGUGAUAGACAAAAUAGUUUGUUUUAUGAUAGUAAUGUGUUAUCCGUUCACUUUGGGAACUGUAAGAAAUCUGUAGGCUCUAUGAAAACACUUCCAAUUUCUCCAGUUUCCAUUCCUACAACUGUACUGUUGAAAAAUACAUUGAAAAGUCUUUGGGACCACACACACAAAAACUUGUCUGGAUUAUUUAAUUAUUUAAUAUGCCUUAAAUUUACCCAGUUGACUCCCAGGCUUCCCCAUGAUGGCAUUGUGUCUGAGGAAGUGUGAUUUCAGUGCUGGGGAGAGGGGUUGGUGUUGCUACAUUUCUAUUUUUUCAAUAAAUGGCAGUGGAUCUGUA